AUGACUGUGAUAGCAGAUAUUGGACGCAUCAACAAUAAACUGCAGCAGCCUGAAGCCGCCUCUGGAGUGCUGGAGUAUGCCAUGAAACAUUUUGGAGAGCUGGAAAUCCAAGCCACCUGGUACGAGAAGCUGCACGAGUGGGAGGAUGCGUUGGUGGCAUAUGAUAAGAAGAUCGACAUGAACAAAGAGGACAUGAAUCCGGAGCUGAACCUGGGCAGAAUGCGUUGCUUAGAGGCUCUGGGAGAAUGGGGCCAGCUCCACCAGCAGUGCUGCGAGGAGUGGACUCAGGUCAGCGAGGAGACACAGGCGAAGAUGGCGAGGAUGGCUGCUGCGGCCGCCUGGGGUCUAGGGCACUGGGACAGCAUGGAGGAGUACACGUGCAUGAUUCCCCGGGACACUCACGACGGAGCCUUCUACAGAGCUGUGCUGGCUUUACAUCAGGACCUUUACUCCUUAGCACAGCAGUGCAUUGACAAAGCCCGAGACUUGCUGGAUGCUGAGCUGACAGCCAUGGCGGGCGAGAGCUACAGUCGGGCCUAUGGUGCCAUGGUGUCUUGCCAGAUGCUGUCGGAGCUGGAGGAGGUAAUUCAGUACAAGCUGGUGCCCGAGAGGAGAGACAUCAUCAGGGAGACGUGGUGGGAGCGGCUGCAGGGCUGUCAGAGGAUAGUGGAAGACUGGCAGAGGAUCCUGAUGGUGAGGUCUCUGGUCAUCAGUCCACAUGAAGACAUGAGGACAUGGCUCAAGUAUGCCAGCCUCUGCGGCAAAAGCGGACGUUUGGCUCUGGCUCAUAAGACUCUGGUGCUACUACUCGGAGUGGACCCCUCGAAGCAGCUGGAUCACCCACUCCCAACGGCACACCCCCACGUCACGUACGCCUAUAUGAAGUACAUGUGGAAGAGUACUCGUAAGAUUGAUGCUUUCCAACACAUGCAACACUUUGUUCAAGGCAUGCAGCAGCAGGCGCAGCACGCCAUCGCCGCCGAGGACCAGCAGCAUAAGCAGGAGCUCCACAAACUCAUGGCCAGAUGCUUUCUGAAGCUGGGCGAGUGGCAACUUAGUCUCCAGGGCAUCAACGAGAGCACUAUUCCCAAAGUUCUGCAGUAUUACAGCCAUUCCACCGAACAUGACCGCAACUGGUACAAGGCCUGGCAUGCCUGGGCAGUGAUGAACUUUGAAGCCGUUCUCCACUACAAACAUCAGAACCAGGGACGAGACGAGAAGAAGAAGCUGCGACACACCAGCGGAACCAGCGCCAACAGUGAGGGUAGCAACAGCGACAGUGAGGUGGACAGCACUGACCACAGCCCUGUGCCCUCCCCUGGUCAGAAAAAGGUCAAUGAGAUCAGCUUUUUCAGUGAAAAAGAGAGUACCAACCCCUACUCAGCCAAUCAACUCUCGGACCUCUCCAAGACAUUGCUGCUGUACACCGUGCCUGCGGUCCAGGGUUUCUUCCGCUCCAUUUCUCUGUCCAGAGGCAACAACCUGCAAGACACACUGAGGGUGUUGACCUUAUGGUUUGACUAUGGUCACUGGGCUGACGUGAAUGAGGCUUUAGUAGAAGGCAUAAAGACGAUUCAAAUUGAUACAUGGCUUCAGGUGAUCCCUCAGCUCAUUGCUCGCAUUGACACUCCUCGCCCACUAGUCGGACGUCUCAUUCACCAGCUGCUCACAGACAUAGGAAGGAAUCAUCCUCAGGCAUUGAUUUAUCCGCUCACUGUGGCAUCCAAGUCUACCACUACAGCUCGCCACAACGCUGCUAAUAAGAUCCUGAAGAACAUGUGUGAACACUGCAAUACUUUGGUGCAGCAGGCUAUGAUGGUGAGUGAAGAGCUUAUCCGAGUUGCCAUUUUGUGGCACGAGAUGUGGCAUGAAGGCCUUGAAGAGGCGUCGCGGCUUUAUUUUGGAGAGCGAAACGUGAAGGGCAUGUUUGCAGUGCUCGAACCACUUCAUGCAAUGAUGGAGAGGGGACCCCAGACCCUCAAAGAAACCUCAUUCAAUCAGGCAUAUGGCAGGGACCUGAUGGAGGCGCAGGACUGGUGCAGAAAGUAUAUGCGCUCUGGAAAUGUCAAAGACCUGACUCAGGCCUGGGAUCUGUACUACCACGUGUUCAGACGCAUCUCCAAGCAGCUGCCACAGCUCACCUCCCUGGAGCUGCAGUAUGUCAGUCCCAAACUGCUUAUGUGCCGUGACCUGGAGCUAGCUGUACCAGGGACAUAUGACCCCAACCAGCCAAUCAUCCGUAUCCAGUCCAUCGCCCCCUCUCUGCAGGUCAUCACCUCCAAGCAGCGCCCACGCAAGCUCACCAUCAUGGGCAGCAACGGCCACGAGUUCAUGUUCCUGUUGAAGGGCCACGAGGACCUGAGGCAAGACGAGAGGGUGAUGCAGCUGUUCGGGCUCGUCAACACGCUCCUGGCAAACGACCCUGCUUCCCUGCGCAAGAACCUCAGUAUCCAGAGGUAUGCGGUUAUCCCCUUGUCCACAAACUCUGGUCUCAUUGGCUGGGUGCCGCACUGUGACACCCUCCACGCUCUCAUCCGAGACUACAGAGAGAAGAAGAAGAUCCUGCUCAACAUCGAACAUCGCAUCAUGCUCCGGAUGGCCCCAGACUACGACCACCUGACACUGAUGGAAAAGGUGGAGGUCUUUGAACACGCUGUAAACAACACUGCUGGAGACGACCUAGCCAAGCUCCUCUGGCUCAAGAGCCCCAGUUCAGAGGUGUGGUUUGACAGGAGGACCAAUUACACCCGCUCUCUGGCCGUCAUGUCGAUGGUUGGAUACAUCCUCGGGCUCGGAGACAGGCAUCCAUCCAAUUUGAUGUUAGACAGAUUAAGUGGAAAGAUUCUACAUAUUGACUUCGGAGAUUGCUUCGAGGUGGCCAUGACCAGAGAGAAGUUCCCGGAGAAGAUCCCAUUCAGACUGACACGGAUGUUGACCAACGCUAUGGAGGUGACGGGUCUGGAUGGUAACUACCGUAUCACUUGUCACACGGUGAUGGAGGUGCUGAGGGAGCAUCGCGACAGUGUCAUGGCUGUCCUGGAGGCCUUUGUCUAUGAUCCGCUGCUCAACUGGAGGCUCAUGGACACAAACAUCAAAGGCACAAAGCGUUCUCGAACUCGGACUGACUCGUACACGGCCGGGCAGUCUGUCGAAGCGCUGGAGGGAAUCGACCUUGGAGAGACCACGCACAAGAAACCAGGCACCACUGUCCCCGAGUCCAUCCACUCCUUCAUUGGAGACGGCUUGGUUCAACCCGAAGCGCUCAACAAGAAAGCUAUUCAGAUCAUCAACCGAGUGAGGGACAAGCUGACAGGGCGCGACUUCUCACACGACGAAACGCUGGAUGUGCCGACGCAAGUGGAGCUGCUGAUCAAACAGGCCACUUCACACGAGAACUUGUGUCAGUGCUACAUCGGAUGGUGUCCAUUCUGGUAA